AUGACUCUCACUAAAGCUCUCAUCCCGCUUGCGCUCUUCCUUGCCAAAGCGCAAGCCGACGCCUUCUCAUCAUGCCCAAGUGAUCUCCCGCUAUCAUGUCGCAACACGACUGCCGUGGAGGAUACAUGCUGCUUCAUCCCCGCUGGCCAACUUCUCCAAACUCAAUUCUGGGACUCUGACCCCGCUGCCGGACCCUCUGACUCGUGGACCAUCCACGGCCUCUGGCCUGAUUACUGUGACGGCACAUACCCCCAAUUCUGCGACAAGUCCCGUGAAUACAGCGAUAUCAAAUCAAUUGUGUCCAAGUUUCUUGGUAACGCCACACUCUCGUACAUGGACAAGUACUGGGUUAGCCAAGACGGCGACGAUGAAUCGCUGUGGGAGCACGAGUGGGACAAGCACGGCACUUGCAUCAGCACCCUAGAGCCAAGCUGCUACUCGGGUUACAAAUCCGGCGAAGAAGCAGCUGAUUACAUCAAGAAGACCAUCUCUCUGUUCAAGGAGCUGCCCACGUACAAGUGGCUCUCAGAAGCGGGUAUCGAGCCAUCUGACGAGAAGACGUACACUUAUGAGGAGAUCGAGGAUGCGCUUGCGGGACAGCAUGGUGCACGUGUCACGAUGGGAUGCAAGGGAAAGACGCUGAGUGAAGUGUGGUAUCACUUCAAUGUCAAGGGUUCGUUGCAGGAGGGUGAAUUUGUGGCUGCUGAGCCUGAUGGCAGCAAAGGAUCUUGCCCAGACAGUGGUAUCAAGUAUGCGCCCAAGAACUGA